UGGCACAGGGUUGUGCUCCCUGCCGGAAGUCAUUUCCAGGCGUACCCCUCCCCCACCCCGCGACAGCGGCCGGCGUCCUGGAAACGGACGGAAGCCGGAAGGGAGCAGAGAUGCUGAGCGCUGAGCGCUUCUCGGUGCCGGGCCCCGAGUACCUGGGUGCUUAUGUGAUGGAUGCACAGACGUGCAGGUCCUGGGCUGCAGCCCACGGGUGGCUGUGUGGAGCAGAACCACUUCCCUGCUCUGCAUGCAGUUCUUUGCGUGGCACGAUAAGUACGGGCUCAGAGACAUGUCCUCACGUACAUGGAGGAUGCAGUGAGCCAGCUACUAGAGAACAGAGAAGAUAUUAGUCAGUAUGGCAUUGCCAGAUUCUUCACUGAAUAUUUUAACAGCGUCCGUCAAGGAACUCACAUUUUGUUCCGAGAGUUCAGCUUUGUGCAAGCCACCCCUCAUAAUAGGGCAUCCUAUCUACGGACUUUCUGGAGAUGUUUCCGAACAGUGGGCAAAAAUGGAGAUUUGCUGACAGCAAAGGACUACCACUGCCUGCUGCAGCUGCUGUGCCCUGACUUUCCAAUGGAACUCACUCAGAAGGCAGCAAGGAUCGUGCUGAUGGAUGAUGCCAUGGAUUGCUUGAUGUCUUUUUCUGAUUUCCUCUUUGCCUUCCAGAUCCAGUUCUACUACUCAGAGUUCCUGGAGAGUGUGGCUGCUAUUUAUCAGGAUCUGUUGGCUGGUAAGAAUCCGAACACUGUAAUUGUUCCAACGUCAUCCUCUGGGCAGCACCGUUCCCGUCAGGCUUCAAGUGAGUGCAGCCCACUUGAUGGGGUGGAGGCAUCUCUAUUCUACCAGUGCCUAGAGACCCUGCUUGAUAGGUCAAAAUACAGCUGUCCCCCAUCCGCCCUUGUCAAAGAGGUGCUGAGCAGUGUCCAGAGACUGACUUUCUAUGGAUUCCUGAUGGCACUUGCAAAGCAUCACGGGAUCAACAGAGCUGUAGGGGCUCUGCCAGAUAAAGGAGAUUUGCUUCUUGACCCUCCCAUGGACCAGGAACUGGAGAAACUGGUAGCUCAGGUUUCAGGGCUCUCUAUCUCCACUCCUGCCAGCUCCAGUGGGGAGCCAGCCAACUUGCCUUCCCGCAACUCCCCCAGAAUCAACUCCCCCUGGAAGCCCCUGCACCACCGUAGGAAAGUGGAUACAGAGAGCGAUAUCUCCACUGAAGAGACAGACUCCUCGGAGAACUAAUGUGAAGUUAGCAACUCCUCCUCCUGACUCCCCCGCAACUGAUGGGAUGCAGGACGGAAGAGCACCUCUGCCUGGAGGCUGAAAUUAGGUCCCACCUGCAUCUCCAUUGCAUGUGCCUCCCUCCACACCACGCCCAGGUGCCUCAAGCCCCUCCCUGCAAACCACCAUCACCUCCUGUCCCAGACUUGGCAAAGGAAUCUCUCUUUCAUCCAGAGCCCAGAACUGAGGCCACUUCCAGCUGCAGAGUUAUGCUGCCCCCUGCUGGCAAAUAAGACAAAUUACCCAAAGCUUGCCCUGGGAAGACCUCCCCAUGGCAUUCUACUGCUGAUAGGAAAUAUUCUUCUCACCACUGAUCUCACCUUCCUGUGCUUGCUAGGUGCGAGGAGCAGAGGGAGAGCUAGUAUAGAUGGAAUCCCAUCUCCCCAAGAGCUUCACUCAAAUUAUUCCUGAUAAAGCUGCACUUGUCCUAGGACAAAGGUGGAAGAAAUUUCUAUAAUGCCCAGAAAAGUAAGACCUAGUUGUUGCCCUCUCUACUCUUCUCGGCCUUCUCCUUGGUCUCUAAGAGAUGCCAAAGCAAACACAGAAACUAGAUUUUCAGUUAAAUACUGCACUGUGAUCAUCUGUUGUACUGGGUUAGCCAUGGGGUUCUCUCUGGGAACAUGCUCCUUCUAAUGCCAUCAUAAUAUAAUUUAGUGUUAUCUUAAGAGCAGUGACAGGGUGGACGUAGCACAUAAAUUUCCCCUUGCCACGCACCUUGUGGUCUGCAGUGUUUUAGGUAUUGUGCUAGCUGGGGUGUAUAUGACAGGAGUUGAAGGGAUCUUAUCUUGACUUAAUCUGAGUUAUCUGCUAAAUGGGUGCAGGCAUUGAUAGGGCAGCAAAGGACUCAACAUCCUACCUGAAUUUUGUCCUUACAACUGCAAGAAUGAAGCCUCCACCCUGUUAUUCCUGCAGAACUCAGCAGCUUGGACUUCAAAGCCCAGAAGCUGGUGGAGCUCAGCCUUGGCAUCUCCCAGUCUGCUUGGGUCUUCCCCAAAGGCCAGUUACCUCCUGCCCCUGACUCAGUCUGAAGGAGCUUCCUUGCUUCUCUUCCUUCACAGAAAGCUUCAAGGUGCCAAACACCAGGAACUGUUUCCCAAGGGUGUGGAGUUGGCAUCCAAAUGGUAUUUGUCCCCUGAGGAAUCUGGUUUAAGAAGCAAUCUACCCAAAUCCUCCCAUGCCUGGGACCCUGC